UGUCAUCCAAUCCACCCCAUAGGCAUCUGCUGCCCUUCUCCAUGAACGCCGCCGGCACACGCGGCCGAGACCCCACCCCCGACCCCUCGUCCAGCUACUUCGUCGAUGCCGCCCACCCGUACGCCGCCGCUGCCGCCACCGCGCUCACCUCCCACCGCGCCAAGUCCAAGUGGUCUCACCUCUCCUCGAUCCCCGUCCCGUCCCCGCUCCCGCCCUCCGCCACCGCCGCCGUUCUCCUCCUCCUCCGCCGCCGACCGCACACCGCGCUCCGCUUCCACGCCUUCGCGCUCCGCCGCCUCCUCCCCUCCCACUCCCCUCCCCCUCUCGUCCUCUCCGCCUCCGCCGCCCACGUCGCGGCCGCCUCGCGCCUCCGGGGCGCCGCCCUCGCUGUCCUCGCCUCCGCCUCCCGCCACUACUCCCCGGCCGAGAUCUUCAAUGCCCUCGCCGCCACCUACCGCCGCUUUGCCUCCGCUCCAUUUGUCUUCGACCUCCUCCUCCUCGCGUACCUCCGCUCCCGCCGCGACGCCCUCGCCGCGGCCUCCGUCGCCCGCCGCAUCCUCGCCGCCGGCGCCCGGCCGCUCCCCUCCACUGCCGCCGCUCUUCUUCGAUCACUUCCCUCCGCCGCCGCGGCGCUCGACAUGUACCAUCAAAUCUACACACAUUCAACUCCACAGAGCAGCCACCUGCUCCAGCCGACCGUUCACACCUUCAAUUCCCUUCUCCUAGCCUUCUACCGCGAGGGCAAGUGCGAUGAAUUCAAGAUUGUGCUCCAGGAAAUGGGCAAAUAUUCCUGCAGGAACAAUGUCUGCACCUACAGUAUUAGGAUGGCUGAGUACUGCGAUUGUAGAGAUGUGGAGAAGGCACGAGGACUGUGGGGUGAGAUGGUUCAGGAAGGGAUCCAGCCUGAUGUAAUUGUGUGCAACACGAUGAUUGGUGGCUAUUGCCGUGCUGGGGAGGUAGGGAUGGCAGAGGAGAUGUUUAAAAAUAUGGAGAUGGAUGGAAUUGAUCCAAGUGCCACGACGUUUGAAUGGUUGGUUAGGGGGCAUUGUAUGGCAGGGGAUGCUGAGGCGGCGCUGCUUGUGCGUGCAGACAUGAGGAGGAGGGGGUUUGGGUUGGCGUCAGAGGUUGUUGAGGAAUUGUUGGAUGCAUUAUGUCAAAAUGGUAGGGUUCAGGAUGGCUUGCAUGUUUUGCGGGAGGAGAUGAGGAGGGAAGAGUUUGCGCCAACUCGGAGGAGUUAUGAGAUAUUGAUAAAGGGGUUUUGUGAUGAAGGGGAGGUGGAGGUGGCGAUCAGACUCCAGGCAGAGAUGGCUGGAAAAGGAUUUAACGCUGGUAGCGAGGUUUACCAUGCAUUUAUUUGUGCCUAUGAGAAGUCUCAAGACUAUGAGAUGGUGGAGAAGUUGAGGAAAGAAAUGACAGUGAUGGGCACUUAGGAUUGUGAUAGCUUGCUUGGAUGAUACACAUUGAUGCAUCAUGCAUGGAUUUCAACCUCAGCUUAUUGCAGCAAAGAACUCUGGCUCAUAUGUUCUUCCUGCAGACAGCACAAUGGAAGGUUGGGACAAGCAACAUUUAUUUCUGGGUAAAUCCUUCUCUUUGCCAACAACCUGGUCAGAGGGCUCAUGACAGUGCUGAAGUUGAGGCAGAUGAGGGCAUUGGACUUGGACAUGCUCCACUUUCAAGUAAACCUGCCGUCUUCAUGGAAGUAAAAUUUCCCUAUGGUUUUACUUUACAUAAUCCCACAAACUUCUCUUCCCAUGUUCUUAGUUCUUGCACAUCUAAAUUAAAUACUGAACCCAGAUACCAAUUCGACUCCUUGUCCCACACUGAAUCACUGAAUCUGUCCUCUGUCCCACACCAGACAGUGAGACAGGGAGGAGCUGCUCAAGUGCUCAUGCUGACAGCACCGUGACUGUCCCCUGGCCAGGGUUGUUGUUUGAAGUCCUGAUGUUGCUCCUGGUCAAGGUACUCAAUCAGCCUACUGUCACCUCUGCGCCAUCUGUUCCUCAUGUCAAUCCAAGUGCUGAUCUUGCGGGCGUCUCUGGUGAUGUCAAUGUAUCCACAGCAUGAGGCUUGAGUCUUUGAUGAUUGUGUCUUGUGGGCACUUGAAUCAUGUCUUUGCUUGUGGCUUGAGUAAAUCACACUGUUUGCAAGCUCUGUAUCCGCCUUGCCUGCUGGCACACUGAGGAGAGUCAUCCAUCCUAUCCAAGUUGCACCGGUUCAGUGGCUGUCAACAAUUCUGCCUACUUAGACUUCGAUGACCACUUUGUUAGUUGGAUGGCCGCUAAAACAGAUACAACAUCGGAAAUCUGGCUGUAUGCCUUUCCAUCAACAUUGAGAGCUGAAGUGGAGUUACUGAUCGGUAAUGUAAAGUAACCUUAAGAUUCCUAGUUACAGUUCAUUAUAGCGGUGAGUUUCAACUGCUGAGCUAUGGUUCUUGA